AUGUCUCAAAUUGGAAGUUCACCUUGCAGUUGUGGUUCUUUUGGUGACCAAACCGUUUUGAUAUCGGAUGUUGUAUUAUUCUGUAUUAAAAGAAAAAGUAAUAGACCGUCAUCUUCAUCAUCAUCAUCGACAACAACAUCGUCUUCUCGUAUCUACAAUAAGAAUGCAAUCAACAACACCGGUAUUCAUGCAUCGAUCGAUUUUGACGAAGAGUCUGAUGACAUGACCGACUCUUUCGAUGAACAUUGGAAGAAAGAAAAGUCAACAACAACAACAACAUCGACAUCAUCAACAAAAACAAAAACUAUAUUCAAAACAAGAAAUAAUAAUAAUAAUAAUAUAUUACCUGAUACAAAUGAUAAUACCGAUUUUACAGAUAGUCAAGAAGAUCUAGAGAAUAAAGAUAAAGAAAAAGAUAGUAUAGAUACAAUAGUAGAGAAUAUUACAAAAUCAAUUAAUAAUAAUAAUAAUAAUAAACACCUUAUAAUAAAAUUACAUUCUGAAGAAGAUAAGCUAAUACCUAUUUUACCAGAUAUUAUAAGCUAUGAGGAAAACGAAUCCAGUAAAUCAAACUUUAAUAAUAAUGAUAACGAUAAUUAUAAUAGAGAUGGAGGUAUUAUCAUUGAGGAUCUGGUGCAUCAACGUGCAAUACCCCCAGAGGAAUUGGCAAUGUUGGCGCGUGACGAAGAGAUCGAUGCAGAUGAUGAAUUCGAGGAGGGAGGAUACGAUACUGCCUCGUCUCUCAGUGACCUAGAGGAAAAUAUCAAGUCGAUCGUUGGUGGUGAAGAAAGCAGUACCAGAAACAGAGUGAUACACGUGUUGCUCAUGGAUGGAUUGUUCCUCCUAACCAUGAUACCCGUUUGCUAUAUUUCAUAUCUCUUUCCAUCGACACACCUCGGCGAUGAACAAGUCUACGAAUAUUGGUAUUUCAACUUCCAGUGGAGUAAAUACUUUCUCUGGAUGACAUCAAUCGUUUUGGGAUUCGCUUAUGUUGCUGUGGUAACAGAGAAAAGAAACUAUCCAUUUCACUGUAGAUAUAAAAGACAUAGAGAUUUUGUACAACUUUUAAUUUUAGCAUCUUUAAUGUUUAUAAUUAGUCCUUCACGUACAUUGAUGGGACCAAACGAUUUAGAACCACAUAGUAUUCAUAUUUCAUUUGUAUACAAUUAUUUUUCAUUUGUAAUUCCAUAUCUGCUGGGAUUACACUAUACCUAUUUAGAUUAUAACUUAUUCCUUCGAAGUGUUGGAGACAAAUUUGGAACACCCUCGCUUUGGUACACCUACAAACCAAAAGAGAUCAUGACAAUCAUUCCAAUCAUUCUUUUCAUAGUAACACUGAUAGUUUGGCAUGUUUAUUUAAUUAUUGCAGAUAAUCUUUGGGAAUACUUUUUAAUUGCCUAUUCAAUAUUCUUUGUAAUACUCAUUGGUGUCAGUUGGAUAGUUAGAAAGACCUAUUAUCUACAUAUGCAUCAUUAUUUUAUAUUUGGAUCGAUGAUACCAUUAUCUGGAUUUCAAAAUCCAUUGUCUUCAUUUUCAAUGGGUGUCAUCACUGGAAUCACUGUAGAAGGUGUAAGUCGAUGGUCCAUGGGUUGGUUAUGGUAUAAAGGUGUUAGAGUACUUUAA